CUUUAAUAUCACUGGAGUAGCCAAUUCAGGAGCGCCGUCGCCGUCGUUCGCACUUUCUAUUCUCCGCCGCUACUACGCAGAGAGCCGAAAUUCGGAGCUGAGGCUGCAACAUCUUCGAAUACUCUCCUAUUUCUAGCAUGGAAUUGAGAGCAGCGGCUGCCGGUGGUUUUGCUGUCAACGACGGGACGCUAUUCAAAGCUUCAACAAAACGCUUAGAUUAUCUGAACUUCUACAACAAUCGCCCCUUCUCUUGUGCUUCCAUUAGCUCAUACCGAAGUCUCAUCCUUAAAGCGUCCAACAAGGAAGAGAACAGCAGCAGUUCCGAGACCGCCUUGAAGGUGCAAAUGAUGCCUGCUACUGACUAUUCACUGGAUGUUGAGCUUUCAAGUUUGACAGCUUUGUGCCCGUUGGAUGGCCGGUAUUGGACAAAAGUGAAGGAGUUGGGUCCUUUUUUGAGUGAAUUUGGUCUUAUUAAAUUCAGGGUUCUGGUUGAGGUUAGGUGGCUAUUGAAACUUUCUCAAAUUUCUGGAGUCUCUGAAGUACCGAUUUUCUCCAGAGAUGCUGAGACCUUUCUUCAAAACGUGAUUGAUCAAUUUAACAUGGAUGAUGCAUUGGAAGUAAAGAAAAUUGAGAAAGUGACUAACCAUGAUGUGAAGGCUGUCGAGUACUUCCUGAAACAAAGAUGCCAGUCACAUCCAGAGAUCUCGAAGGUGCUUGAGUUUUUCCACUUUGCAUGCACAUCAGAAGACAUCAACAAUCUAGCUCAUGCAUUGAUGCUGAAAGAAGCACUUGACAAAGUUAUACUACCUGUUAUGGACAGAUUGAUUACAUCUAUUUGUAAUAUUGCUACUGCAAAUGCUUCCAUUCCCAUGCUCUCUCGAACUCAUGGACAGCCAGCUUCACCAACAACACUCGGGAAGGAAAUGUCAAUAUUUGCUUACAGGUUAAGCAGAGAAAGGCAGGAGUUAUCUCGAAUUGAAAUUUUAGGGAAGUUUGCUGGAGCUGUUGGAAACUACAAUGCACAUCUAGCUGCAUAUCCCGAUGUUAAUUGGCCACAAAUUGCUGAGGAGUUUGUCACAUCUCUUGGAAUAAGUUUCAAUCCUUAUGUGACUCAGAUCGAACCUCAUGACUACAUGGCCAGACUUUUUAAUUCUAUGAUUCAGUUCAACAAUAUUUUAGUUGAUUUCAAUAGGGAUGUAUGGGGGUACAUUUCAUUGGGAUACUUCAAGCAGAUAACUAAGGCUGGUGAGAUAGGUUCUUCAACAAUGCCCCACAAAGUUAAUCCAAUUGACUUCGAAAAUAGUGAGGGCAACUGUGGGAUUGCGAAUGGAGGCUUAUCUCAUUUAAGUACAAAGCUACCUAUAUCUCGCUGGCAGCGAGAUUUGACUGAUUCCACCGUUUUGAGGAACAUGGGUGUUGGAUUAGGACAUUCACUCGUAGCUUACAAGAGUGCAUUGCAGGGCAUUGCAAAGCUUCAGGUGAACAAGGCUUCUUUACUCGCAGACUUGGACCAAUCAUGGGAAGUUCUGGCUGAGCCAAUUCAAACUGUAAUGCGAAGAUAUGGCGUUCCAGAGCCUUAUGAGAAGCUGAAGGAGCUAACUAGAGGGAGAGCUGUAACCAAAGAGAGCAUACGAGAAUUCAUUGGAGGCCUUGAUAUCCCUACAGAAGCUAAAACAGCUCUGUUACAUAUGACACCCCAUACGUACGUAGGCACUGCUGUUGAAUUGGCCAAAAAUGUGGAGAUGGCUACAGGUUUGGUUAAUGGAGCAAGGAUUCUAUAAGAAACAUUAAUCUGAUUGUGUUGGAGAUUCAACUCAUGGCCUCCGGCAUUUGAAACAGGACAGGUUUGAUCUGUGUCGAGCGCUGGGAAAUGAUCGACAAGUUCAGAGACGAAAAUUGUGAUAAAAGCCCUAUGAAAGUAAUGGACAUAAUCCCCUAAUGACAGAUUUUUUGCUUCUGAGAUGACAAUUAUUUAUAUAAAUGCCUACACAGUUGAAGUGAAUUUUGAUGUUUGGACGUCACGCCGGCAAGAACUUAGGUACGCAUUUCUUUUUAUACAUUCUCGAUUAAUACAUGCCGUUAGCGAUUCACUCACAUUGUUCCUCUAGAAAUGACAUAUGAUCUACCAGCAGCUCAUUCAAAAGGGUAGCCAAAACUUCGCCCUCCAACUCGAAAGCCAUCUCCUCAUUCUCCCGAACCAUCGACCUCCAUUCCCCUCCUUUCUCCAUAUCCUUCACAUACACUUCCCUACGACUCGCCACAUUCCAUUCAAGAAACAACUCGCGACACUCCCUCCCGAUGAUCCAACUUUCUGCUUCCUCCAAAACAUCCUCAUCGAAGGAGUAUCCACCACAUUUUCGAAACAUGAUUUGCUCGGUGAAGAAGUCGAGAAGUAGCUUGUCGGCCCUCGCUUUGAUGCCGUAGGAAGGCGUCGUGUCCUUCAUGUGGUUAAGUAAAUGCAAUGCCUUAUCUUGUACUCGCCUCUCUUCUUCCUCUUCCUCGUCCUCUUCUUUGGCCCACGUGGUCUCCAGUAAUGAAGAUUCGUUAU